UAGUUUCUAUGUAAUAUAGGUCAAAAUGAAAGUGUGUAAUGGAUGCUCAUUCUUCUGUUAAUGGUUUCGUUGUGGCACACACCUGUAGCAAUCAACUACCUGUUAAUAUCACAUCGUUUAAUAAUAUUGGUGACAAAGUCAAGAUCAAGCAGACGAUCUCAAAUAGAGGAAUUUUUUGAUACUGUUUUUCGGUUUGGAGAGACUGCAAUAUCAGUCAUAGGAGAGAGUUUUUCAAUAAACAAAAAUGUCGCAUCCUGACACCAAAAUAUUGAUAUUGUUGUGUUUCGUCGGGCUGACAUCUUUUUUGGUGACAUCUAUCGGCUUGGCGUCGGAUUCUUGGUUGAUUUAUCAAUUAGGAAAGAAUGACACACCGGGGGAUGGGAAUGCGACGACGGCGAGGGUGGAGAGGGUUGGGGUUUGGAGGGUGUGUUAUCGCCCAGGCACACUGGUCCAGGAAGAUGGAAAAGGUUGUCUGAAUAUUGAUUACCUGACCAAAGUGGACUCAGCUACAAAUCCAUUGUUUCAUUAUCUUUUCCCAUCCCUUCAAAAUGAUUUGUUGUUGGUGUUCUUGAUUCUGGUGAUGGCGGGUGUCUUUAUCAUAUUCAUCGCUGAGGCCAUGGCGAUGAUUUGCCUCAAGAAAAAGGUCAAACGCCUUUACCUGGCAACAGCCAUAAUGUUCAUCCUUGCAGGCGCCGUUCUCACCGCCGGUCUAAUUGUCUUCACAGUCCGCAGUGACCAGCUUCUCUCGGAGUGGACGGUUGAUGAGCUUGGCCUAUCGCCGUAUGACCUCUUAUACUUCGGUUGGUCGUUUGCGAUUACGUGGGCCGGUGCUGCACUUGCUGUUGUGAACGGCUGCGGUUAUAUUUGGUUGGUGAGGUUACAACAUGACACCAUGAUGUGAAACUUAUGGAACUGUACACUUUUGUGGCACAGCUUUUGUUAAUUUAAAACCAAUUUGUUUCACAAGAGUCAAAAACGUUGCAUACAAAAUAAUUUUCUACGGAUAAAGGUAAUUAAUGAACUAUUUUCGGAAAAGGACAACAAAAUGAACAGAUGUUUUUAAGUUUUUAAAUUUGCAACAAAAUAGCUAUAUAUUCCUAUGCAAUUGACAUCUCAUUUUCUCUAUUUCAUUGUAUAAUUACUUUUUGUAUAGCAUUUAUAUAAUUAGUUAAAGUGAUGACACAAUUUAUGUUGUCAAAAUUGUUUUGAUGUUUUUUGGUUUAAAUUACGAGAAAAACAGCUUGCAUUGUCCAUUCAUAAACCGACGUAUAGCUCUGCCGAUGAAAACAUGCUCAAAAGUAGAAGUCUUAUGCAAAUUGGGUCAUAAAGACCCUUAACCUUUCAGGGAUACGUUAAGAUCAGGCGAGUUGCUCAAUCAUUCAGACGGGACUCGUCAAAUUUUUGCGUUAAAUCUUUCCCUAAAAAAAUGGCCUACCCAGUUAUUUCGCAAAGUGAAAGGAAAAUAGUGCAAUUUCGAGGCAUAAUUGCGUAUCAUAGUAUUCUACUUUCAAAACAUUGUUCU